GCUGUUUGUUUUCACUGCAGUAGUUUUGUGUACGGUUUUUACAAAAUCUUGUAGAAAACUUUCAAUAAUUGUUUCUUUAUUGUUCUAAAAUGGAAUCAGAUGAGCUGAUCAUCGAGCACAAGCCACUAAUUAUAGAACCCGACGAUCUCCCGCCACCGGAACAAAUCCUACCAGAAUCAGCCUCCCCCGAGUGGUUCGAGAUUCUUGUUCCCGACGACGACGAAGACGAUGAAGAGCAACCAACUACCUACAUCGAAGACCACCUCGAACCAGACGCACCAGCAAAACCCAUCUCCCUCGUAGCACGUUUCGACCUGGACGAUCCGGAAUGCACGACGCUCACCGUGGCGGAACUCCCGCCAAGCAAACGAACCCCGCCAGCAUCGACAUCGUUGACCGAUUUCGUACACAAGUGCCACUACUGCGUGAGCCGGUUCAUGGCCAUGAACAAGCAGUUCCGGGGCCAUGUGGCGCGGCACGCCCGGAUCGAGUGCGGUGCUGGUGGCGGGACUUGCGAGGAACGGUUUCACCUGGAGAGCGAACACAGCUGGCACCGGCACUACGUCCACGGGCAGGAGAUCGACUGGGAGGCGGAAGAGCUGGGGAUGUUGCACAUUUGCAAGUGCUGCCACCUGAGGUUUGCGGACGAGGACGACAUUUUGAUGCACUUGAACGAAUGCCAUCGGGGUUACAUCGAGGCGGAGUUUCCGGAACGGGUGGAAGCGCUGGACGUUUUGGUGGCCAGGAAGCGCACGGAGGAAAACCGUUCCAAAGCGAGUUCGAAGCUAUUUUGCAAGAGUUGUUCGCUGUUGUUCAUUGGAACGAGCUACAUUGAGGCGCACCUUCGAUUGCACAAGGAAAAGAGAAUCGUUGAACCUCCCCAGCAGCUUCGGGACUACCGAUGCAUCAAGUGUUUCGAAGAAUUCUUCUCGAGAGGCAAACUGAUCGACCAUCUGAACGAACACGCCGCCCAAAAUCCCUCCUCAACGGUGUGCUGCUUCUGCACCAAAAUGUUUCGCACCCGGGACACUCUCGACAUCCACAUCCGGCUAAGUCACGCCGUCCCGAAUCGGAUCCGGUGCGGAUUUUGCGAGGCAACGUUGAAACGGGCCGAACAUUACUGGUCCCACUGCCGGGCGGAGCACGGAGCGGUCAAGGGAUUCGGCUGCGGUAAGUGUGAUCAGGUGUUUCGGUCGGCGCUUGAAUGUCAGGAACACGACGAGCAGUGGCAUGCUGCGGUGGGAAAGGUUGAGCGGAAGAGGAAGGUUUUGGAGAAACAGCAACAGAGGAGCAGAGAUAAACGAGUGGGAGUGGUCGGAACGUUGGGGGAAAACGGGAAGAAUAGAGCGAUUUACAUCGAGUAGAUGUAACUUAAAGUAUAUUUAUGAUUGUCGAUAAAAGAGGGAAUUGUAAAUAAGUAGAUAAGUUUAACUUCAACAA